AUGUCUCAAAGUAAAAAUAAUUCUUAUAAUGAUAUGUUGUUAACAGCAAUGAAUAUUAUAAAUAAUGAAGAUAACAAUAUCGAAAAACAUAAUACAUUUUUAAAUUCAUGUGGAAAAAUUGCAUUAACAUUAUUGUUAUCUUUUUUUUGUAUAAUGACAAUAUCUGGAAAUUGUUUAGUAGUUUUGGCAGUUUGUACCAAAAAAUAUUUACGAAAUCCUACAGGAUUUUUGAUUGUUUCACUUGCAAUUGCCGAUCUUAUUGUAGGAUUAGUUGUUAUGCCAUUAAAUAGUUUAUUUGAAAUAACAAAUCAUGUCUGGUUACUUGGAUUACCAAUGUGUGAUUUAUUUCAUGCUUUUGAUAUUCUUGCUUCAACAUCAUCAAUAUGGAGUCUUUGUGUAAUUAGUUUAGAUAGAUAUAUGGCAGGUCAAGAUCCAAUUGGGUAUCGUGAUAAAGUUUCUAAAAAAAAAAUUUUAAUAACAAUUGGAUUGGUUUGGAUGGCUUCAGCAUGUUUAUCAUUUCCUGCAAUUAUCUGGUGGCGCAAAGCAUCUCCGCAACUUUAUCUAGAUGAUAAUAAAUGUAUAUUUACUGAUAAUUGGUUAUAUAUUGUCUUUUCGUCUUUGGUCUCAUUUUAUAUUCCACUUAUAUUAAUUUUAUUUGCUUAUGGAAGAGUUUAUCUAAUUGCUACGAGACAUUCUAAAAGUCUUAAAUUAGGUAUUAAAAAGGUAAAAAAUAAAAAAGUUGUUGCAAAAAAUUCAAUCAAUGGUGGUUCUGAAGAAGUUAUAUUAAAUAAUGAUGAUACAGGUUUAAGAAUACAUUAUGGUGGUGGAAUAAAAAAUUCAUCAAAGGGUGUAAGUAUUCAAUGUUUAUCACAUCAUUCAAAUGAUACUUCUCAUCCAACACAAUAUCAUAAAUUUUCUGAUGUUACUGGAUGUGGACGAAUAAAUCAACAAUCACGAGGAGAAUACAUUUAUAUGAAUAAAUAUUCAUCUAGAAAUCUUAGUAAAUCUUCUGAUUUAAAUAAGUUUCAAGAAAUAACACUUCCAAUAUCUAAUGAAUGUAGAACACCAACACCUGUAGGUGGAUUUAUUAAUUGUUACAAACAAGAUCCAUUAUCACAAAGAGUAACUCAUAAAACAUCAACAAUAAGUUUUAAAGAAUGCCCAAAUAAAAAAUUAGGAAGAACAUCAACUAAUAAAAGUUUGAUAAAUUUAUUAUCAGAUAAAGAAGAAUCAUCUGUAGAUUUUCAUGAAAAAGCACAAAGAAAAAUAUCAUUAAGAAAAAGAUUAUGUAUGAAAGAAAAAUCAAGACAAAUGGUUAAAUAUGUUCAUGAACAACGUGCAGCUAGAACAUUAUCAAUUGUAGUUGGAGUUUUUAUUCUUUGUUGGUUACCAUUUUUUAUAUUAUCUCCAAUACUCUCUAUAUGUCAAGAUUGUGUUUCUGAUAAACGUUUAAUCUUUUCAAUUUUUACCUGGGCGGGACAUUUAAAUUCUAUGUUAAAUCCAUUAAUUUAUUCUCGGUUUAGUCGAGAUUUCCGUAAAGCAUUUAAACAAAUUUUAAUUUGUCAAAAAGAAAAACCACCUAGAAGUGUUAUAAAAAGCCCACUUACAAUUAUGUUUGCUAAACUAGUUACGGUAUCAACAUUAUCUGAUGACAAAGAAAUAAUAAUGCCAAUAAAUCAACGACUAAAUCAAGAAAUGAAAACAUCUUUUGCAUAA